AUGGUGGCAGCUGCUUCGCAUUCCGAAGUGCUCGAGCUCGCGGUGGAGGGCAUGAUGUGCAUGAGGUUCUGCGGCUCGAAGGUACAGAACGCGCUGCGCCGCGUCGACGGCGUGGCCACUGCAGUCGUCAACUUUGGCGAGCGCAGCGCGCGGGUCGAGUGCAUUGCAGGCGUCCAAGUGGCACCGCGUGACUUGGUGGACGCCGUCGAGAACGUGGGCUUUCGAGCCGCUGUCAAGACAGUCGCGCGGGACGACGCGACGAACACCGCGUCGGACGCAGAGACGCUCGAGCUGCUGGUGCAGGGCAUGAUGUGCCAGAAGAACUGCGGCACGACGGUCGAGAACGCGCUGCGGGGCGUCGACGGCGUGGCCAGCGCUGUCGUGCGCUUCAGCGAGCGCAAAGCCACUGUAGUGCUGCGCGACGGCGGCAGCCGCCCGACCUUCGACGAGCUCGUGGACGCAGUGGAGUGCGUGGGCUUCGAGGCCAGUGCCUACGACGCGGCCAAGGCGGCGGCCAUCAAGCUGCAGGCCCAGAAGGACAAGCAGCUGCAAGCCGAGAUGGAGGACGUGGUCCUGGACGUGCCGGACGCCGCGGGCCACCCACGCGCCGUGUUCCACGUCGAAGGCAUGAGCUGUGCCGCGUGUGUCAAGGCCAUUGAGGACCACCUGAGCAAGACAGCGGGCGUGCUGUACUGCCGCGUGGGGCUUAUCAGCCAGAAGGCCGAAGUGUCGUUCGACCGCGACCUGAUCGACGACGGGCAGAGCACACUCCAGACACUCAUCCAGGACGCCGGCUACAAGGCGACGUUCUCGCACGUGGUGGAGCCGGGCGACGCGGACUCGCUCGAGCUCACGUUCACCGUCACGGGCAUGAGCUCUGCGGCCUGUGUGGACGCGAUUGAGUCGGCCGUGAAGGCCCUGUCCGGUGUCACCAAAGUGGUGGUCGACCUGCCGGCGAACAAGGCGCACGUGCACCUGAAGCAGCUGUCGCAGACGGGUCCACGUGACGUGCUGGAGUGCAUCACCGGGUUGGGCUACUCGGCCGACGUGGCGCUCAAGACGACGGACCAGAACGCGCUGAGCAAGUCGGAAGUGGGCAAGUGGCGCAAGCUGCUGACAGUGUCGAUGAUCUUUGCGCUGCCGGCGAUGCUCAUCCACAUGGUGCUCAUGUACAUUCCGGCAGUGGAGAUGUUGCUCAUGACGCCCGUGUUCAAUGCCGUGUCGCUCAAGAUGCUGCUGCUGUUUGUGCUGGCGACGCCGGUGCAAUUCGGCGUGGGCUGGCGGUUCUACGUGGCAGCGUGGAAGGGUCUGCAGCACGGGGUCAUGGGCAUGGACUUCCUCGUCGUGUCGGGCACGACCAUGUCGUACAUCUACAGCUUCGUGUCGUUGAUCGGGUCGACACUGAGCAAAGACUACCACGGCCACCACUUCUUCGAGUCGUCCGCAAUGCUACUGACGUUCGUGACGCUUGGCAAGUACAUGGAGUCGAUGGCGAAGGGCAAGACGGCGGACGCUCUGUCCGAGCUCGCAAACCUGCAGCCCAAGACGGCGUUGCUCGUCAAGGAGGGCGAACGCGACCGCGAGAUCCCGAUCGAGCUGGUGCAGCGUGGAGACUUGCUCCGGAUUUGUCCGGGGGCCAACAUCCCGACGGACGGCGUGGUCAAGUCCGGGUCGAGCUCCACGGACGAGUCGAUGCUGACGGGCGAGAGUAUGCCCGUGGCCAAGAAAGAGGGCGACUACGUGUUUGGAUCGACGGUGAACCAGCAAGGCGCGCUGGUGAUCAAGUCGAGCUGUAUGGGCGGUGAGAGCUCGGCACUGUCGCAGAUCUGCGCUUUGAUCGAAGACGCCCAGCUCAACAAAGCUCCGAUUCAGGCGUACGCAGACUGGUUGGCGUCCAUCUUUGCUCCAUGCGUUCUCGGGAUAUCGAUCAUGACGUUCAUCGCGUGGAUCACGCUUCUUCGGCUGCGGCUCGUUCCCGUGGAGUGGAAGGUGAGCCUUGGAAUGGAGGCGUCGGCCGGCCACUCGGAAGACUUGUACGUGGCCGUCCUGUACGCGAUCACGGUCGUGGUCAUUGCGUGUCCGUGUGCGUUGGGGCUUGCGACGCCCACGGCGGUCAUGGUCGGCUGUGGCGUCGGUGCCAAACACGGCGUCUUGAUCAAGGGCGGCCGCGCACUCGAGACCGCGCGCUACAUCGACACGAUUGUGUUCGACAAGACGGGCACACUGACCGUCGGCCACCCGUCCGUGCGCGAUGUAGUGGUGGCCGACAGCGCGUACACGGCACGCGAACUUCUCUACUACAGCGCAUCGCUCGAGUGCGUGAGUGAGCACGUUCUCGGCAAAGCCAUUGUCCGGACAGCCGCCGAGUACGAGAAGAUGGAGCUGCACGAUCCGAGCGACGUGCACGUGGUGCCUGGACGCGGGAUCGAAGGCACAGUCGCAGCCAGUGCGGUCACGUCUCGCGCCACACCUGCGACUGUGCUGGUUGGCAACUUGGAGUACUGCGAGGCGAAGGGCAUUGAUGUGAGCGACAAGAUGCGGGACCAGAUGCACGAGCUGGAGCUGGAGGGCAAGACGGUGGUGCUGGUGUGUGUGGCGAACAAGCUCGUGGGUCUGAUUGCGCUGGCAGACGCUCCUCGACCGGAAGCGGCCGCGGUCGUGAAGUACCUCAAGUCCAUGGGCCUCGACGUGUGGCUGAUCACUGGCGAUAACUUGCGCACGGCCAGUGCGAUUGCUCGCCAGAUGGGCAUCCACCAUGUCAAGGCCGUGGCUCUGCCCGGCGAGAAGGCGGCUCAGAUCAAGGCGCUGCAGUCGCAGGUGAACCCGCUAACACUGAAGCCGCGCGUCGUGUGUAUGGUCGGCGACGGCAUCAACGACGCUCCGGCACUGGCGCAGUCCGACAUCGGCAUGGCCAUUGGGGCCGGCACGCAGAUCGCCAAGGCCGAAGCCGACAUGGUGUUGGUCAAGAGUGCGCUCACGGACGUGGUGGUGGCGCUCGACUUGGCUCGCGUGGUGUUCGCGCGCAUCAAGUUGAACUUUUUCCUCUCGGUCGUCUACAACUUGGUCGGUCUGCCGCUGGCCGCGGGCAUCUUCUUCCCGCUGAUCCACCGCAUGAUGCCGCCUGCGUGCGCCGGCCUCGCCAUGGCGUUCUCGUCCGUGUCGGUUGUCACGUCGUCGCUGCUGCUGAAGACGUACAAGGCGCCGCAGCUCUUGCAAGCGAAUGUGCAAAAGGUGCACUUUGGGGAGGAUGCCCAGGUCGUGGACAUGAAGCACCUCGUACGACUGAAGGCCAACAACAACGUGAGGUAUGCGCCGUUGACGAAAUGCGCACCGGUCGAGCGUGCGUAUAAGGUCAUUGCACACUGA